GGUAGAGCAAGCUGUUGGGGGACACCGACAGGGCCAAGACGACGACGGAACGAGAGAUUGAGACGCCAGCCGGCGGGAUUGCGAUGUCCCUUUUUGUCAGCCUCUCAGCCGUCAGUCUGCAGUGCCUGUUCCUGAGGUGGACGACUACUUAGUCUUCCUAUUCACCCCGUAUCCUGCCGCGGGCAAUCGACUGGUCGGCCUCCGUGGAAGAACUGGAGCGCUGGAGGUGAAGCUCAGCUCGUGGUCGGCGAGGCCAAUUCUUUAUUAAUUAUUAUUAGCCGGGGCUCCAUACGCGCUUGGCCUUCUUCUGCCCUUGCUUGGACACCUACUACACCUGGAGUAGCAACCUCCCUUCUCCGUGGAAGAAGAGGAGGUAGCUCGCUCAGGCGCCACCGGCCGCCGCGAUGGACGCGGAGACCGGAGAUGCCCGGUCUCCCCUGCUGCCGCAUCACCUUCCCAGCCAGACGCAGGUUUCCUCAGCGAAUCAGCACUAUAACAAGCCCUUCAGCUGGAAGGCCCCAGCCAUUAUUUUGGCCUUCGAAUUCUUGGAGAGCAUUGCUUACUCUGGUAUAGCACUCAACUUGGUCGUGUAUCUCGGAACCGUCCUCCAUGGAACCACUGCCUCCAAUGCAGCAACCGUUGAUGCGUGGAACGGUGCCACCUUUCUUACACCGGUCCUUGGAGCCUUUCUUGCUGAUACAUACUGGGGAAAGUACAAGACCGCAGCUAUCUCUAUAAUUUUCUACGUUGUUGGCUUGCUCAUAAUUACCGCCUCUGCUGUCAUACCAUCCCUACGGCCUGCCACAUGUGAAGGCGGUUCUUGCCCUCCUGCAACAGGGUUUCAGUAUUUUGUGCUCUUUGGUUCAUUGUACCUCAUUUCCAUUGGUACGGGGGGCGUCAAGUCAGCUUUACUUCCCCUCGGAGCGGAUCAAUACAAUGAUGCAAACCUCGAAGAGAGUAAAAACAAACAAUUGUUCUUCAGUUGGUUCUUCAUGGCUGUCAACCUCGGAGUGUUCAUCUCCGGCACUGUUCUUGUCUGGAUACAGCAGAAUGUUGCUUGGUCUCUUGGAUUUGGCAUCUCCUCGAUAUGCCUUGUUAUUGCCGCAGUUGCCUUUUUGGUUGGAACACCGCUUUACAGGGUUCAACUUCCAAAUGGGAGCCCACUCAAGAGUAUAGUAAUGGUGUUUGUUGCCUCUUUUAAGAAGAGAAGAGUGGUGCUUCCUGUUGAUAGCACGCUGUUGUUUCAAGGGGAUGACGCUGAAUCAAGCAGCAUAGUGCCAAACAAAUUAGAACACACUGAUGAAUUCAGGUGCUUAGAUAAGGCUUCUGUUGUGGAGGACCAAGAGAUGAAGGACAGAGAUCGCACAUGGCUACUAUGUACUGUAACCCAGGUGGAGGAAGUGAAGAUUCUGAUCCGGAUGCUUCCAAUAUGGUUCACCUGUGUCUUCUAUUCGGCUGCAAUGAGCCAGACUGCUACUACUUUCGUUCAGCAGGGGAACGCGAUGAACACUAAGAUCGGAUCCUUCUCCGUGCCCGCUGCCUCUAUGAACUCUGCCGAGGUGAUCUUCAUGCUUAUCUGGGUUGUGUUCCAGGACAGCAUCGUCAUCCCGAUAGCCAGGAGGUACACCGGGAACCCGAUGGGACUGACGCUGCUGCAGCGGAUGGGCGUCGGACGGUUGCUGGCGAUCCCGUCUCUGGCAGCAGCAGCACUGGUGGAGACGUGGAGACUGCGCAGCGUGAGGGCCGGGCAUAACCUGAGCAUCGGGUGGCAGCUCCCGCAGUUUGUGAUCCUGGCCUGCUCCGACGUGUUCUGUGGCAUUGCGCAGCUGGAGUUCUUCUACGCGGAGGCGCCUGCGUCGAUGCGCAGCCUUUGCUCGGCGUUCCAGUUCCUGGCCAUGUCGUUGGCGUACUACGUGAACACGCUGGUGGUCUCAUUGGUGGCGGCCGUGACCACGGCCUGGGGCGGCCAGGGCUGGCUCCCCGCUGACCUCAACGACGGCCACCUGGACUACUACUUCUGGCUGUGGACUGGGAUCAGUGUGGUGAACUAUGUCGUGUACACGGCAUUUGCAAGGCGUUAUACGGUCAAGAAGGUUGUCCUUCAGUAAAGGUUCCAGACUCUCUGUAUGUUCAAUUACUGCAUGUAUCCAUCCUACUGUGUUUUGCAGUGUACGCUACUCUGGAACCAAAGAUUUCUGCUGUUCAUUUGAAUGUAUGGUCCUCUGUACUAGCCUACCAGGAUGAUUCAUCUUACUGUCUUGUCUUAUGAUUUACGAUUUUUAUAAAUAUUUACCAUGGGAAAAGGAAGAUAAUUUGUAUGCAUAUGCAGAUUGGGAUGUUGUGUUGGUA